ACUUAUAAGACGAGUUAACUAGAGCUACUUCUACCGUCUAGAAAGAAAAAAGGAAGCAACUCCAGCUCUCUGAAAAUUACUCCAUCAUAAUUUCCGGGAGGCGUAAGAGGCUUGAGAUUUGAGUAAAUGCGCUCAACAAUUUGCGCCCGCUGCAGGCCCUUGAUUGGCCAAGCCAGAAGACAAAUUCUGCGCCCAAUUUCACAGCAGCAGAAGCGCUGUGAAUCUACUAGUAGCACCAGUGAUGCUACUACCAACGAUCAACCGAAGACAACGGAGAAAAAAAAGAAGAGAAAUGUUGUCUUUUCGGGGAUCCAGCCUACUGGUAUACCACAUCUAGGAAACUACCUAGGGGCACUACGGCAAUGGAAAAAAUUACAAGAUGAUGUAGAAGCGUCUGGGUCGGGGGAUAAGCUGCUCUUCUCAGUCGUGGAUCUCCACGCGAUCACCGUACCACAAGAAGCUUCUAUCCUCCGCCUACGCCGCCGCGAGAUGAUGGCCGCGCUGUUAGCCAUCGGCCUUGAUCCGGAGAAGGGGUCGACUAUUUUCUUCCAGAGCUCCGUGCCCCAACACACCGAACUCAUGUGGAUUCUCAGCUGCACGGCUUCGAUGGGGUACUUGGGCCGGAUGACGCAGUGGAAGAGCAAACUCGCAGUCCAAAACCACGCAACCGACAUCGACGAAAUAGCCAUGACGAACCUAAAACUCGGCUUAUUCUCAUACCCCGUGCUACAAGCCGCAGACGUGCUAGUCCACCGAGCAACCCACGUUCCUGUAGGCGAGGACCAGCGACAGCAUCUAGAAUUCGCACGAGAAUGCGCCACGAACUUCAACCACACAUUCUCGAACAUCCUAGUCCCGCCCGAAACCGUAACCACCCCCUCCCCCCGCGUAAUGUCCCUAGUCCAACCAACCCAAAAAAUGUCCAAAUCAACACCGAACCACCGCUCACGGAUCCUAAUAACCUCCACCUCAAACGAGAUCCGGCAACGGAUAUACGGCGCCGUAACCGACAGCGAAGAUGCAAUAACCUACGAGCCCACGCGACGUCCCGGCGUCUCCAACCUUUUAGAACUACUAUCGCAAUGCGGACCCGCUUUAGCAGACGGGACACGGCGAUCGCCGGAGGAGUUAGGAAACGAGUUUAACGGACGGAUGUGGAAGGAUUUGAAGAACGCGGUGGCGGAUGCGGUGGUGGCGGAGCUGGAGGGGGUGAGGGAGCGGUAUCAUGAGUUCCUAAACCGGAAAGGUGGGAAGUGGAUCGAUGAGAUCGAGGCCGAGGGGGCGGAGGCGGCGCGGCGGAGCGCGGAGGCGACGAUGAAGUUGGUGAGGUACGCGGUGGGAUUGGGGCGGAAGAGUUAAGGUAUAGGAUGCGACUACGUAACUACUGAGGUAGGUAGUUUGUAAUAUCACCUGAGCUGUACAUAGCUAUUUAAAAUUAGACGAUGAGAGCACAUGAACACAG